AUGCAACUCUUCCUCCUCCUCCUCCUCCUCCUGUCCCACAUCGCCAUGGUUACAGCAGUGGCAGGUUGCCCCAGUGACAGGGAUAAGGACCACCGGUCGAGGGUGAACUGCACGGCGGCCGGGUUCAGCGAGGUCCCGGCGGGAGUCGAACCCACGACCAAGGUACUGUUGUUUCCCAGGAACCUGUUCUCCAGUCUGUCCUGGUCCUCCUUCCAGAUGUUUGAAGACCUCUAUGAGAUCGACCUCACAGGCAACAAGGUUCCAGAGGUGACCCCCAGCGGCGCUCCGAUCCUGCCCACCCUCAGUGUCCUCCGACUGGGGUCCAACCGCCUCACGUCCCUCUCUGUCGGCUCCUUCUCCGCCUGUCCCUCUCUGACCGAACUCUACCUGGACAAGAACAACAUCGACACUCUGAGCAACCACACCUUCUCCGGACUCAGCAAACUGGAGAUCCUGGAUCUGUCGUCCAAUCGUAUCAAAGAGCUUCCAGAGCUCAUGCUCCAUCCUGUUCCAGCCAUAGAGACCCUCUACCUGGAGAUCAACAAGAUCAAAGUGAUGCCAGAGAACUGGUUCAGCAGGAAGGAGGAGGUGCCCUACCUCUACCUCUCAGCCAAUCCCUGGGCCUGCUCCUGUUCCCUCGAUUACUUUCACAGAUACCUCAACGAAUACGAACUCAACGUCUACGUCCGCGAUGGCCCAAUCAUCAGGGGCACGGCCGAGAGCGUGGUCUGUGACUCUCCCCAGCGACUCAGGGGUAAACCAGUCAUGCUUCUGGAGGAAACUGAUCUGUGUCCGAAUGAGGAAGACGAGGGGUCACCGGUUACUGAGUCUCCUUACAAGAGGACUCCUGCUGCUGCUGCUACGACUAUCGCCACCACUGUGGUCACGUUCCCGCCCAGGUACCACAGACUAGACGGGCCAGUGCUCAGCUCACAUGACUCGGUCACUCAAACCUUUCUUGCUACUGAAAGUGCUUCGUACAUGACGACCGCUGCGCCCACAAAACCCUGGACGACCAGAUCUGUUCCUUCAACUGUGACAUCGACGACACCAACACCGCAGGUGGUCUCGACUCCCUCGACGACACCAACACCGCAGGUGGUCUCGACUCCCUCGACGACACCACCACCGCAGGUGGUCUCGACUCCUGCCAGACCAGUCCCCUCGUGGGUGUUGGACAGAGCUGAAGAUCGUGGUACAAUCGGUGCUUUCGGGGCUGCAGGGGUGUUCUGCUUCUGGCUGCUUGCAGCCUGCGGGCUGUUGUGUGUGGGGUCGGCGGCGUGCAUAUUGGCCACCGUGGCAAGGUUGGUGGUCUGGUACAGCGCGGUGUACAAACCUCUGAGUGCGGCGCUGGCAAGACGGGGAGGAGGAGGUGAGGGAGUGAGGUUGUUAACGUACGGCAGGGGGGUGAGGGGGGAGGUGGCAGGAGCAGGAGGCGUGAUGGCGCUGUAUCGCUCCGUUCUGUUCAUCCACCGAGAAGAAGGAGGAGACAUGGAGAGGGAGGAUGGAGUGACCGAGGGUGAGGGGGUAGGAGGAGGAGGAGGGAAGGACAGACUCCUUGUCGCUCUGGAGCCGACGGGAAGUGAAGAAGUUAAGAGAGGGGAGGAAGGAAAAGGAGGAGGAACCGUGGAGAAGGGCGUCUACAGGAAGACGCUGUACCAUCUGUUAAGCAAAGAGGAGGCGAUAACAGGGUGGAGGGAUGUGAUGGAGGAGGAGUGUCGGGUUUCUGCAGAAGAUGGAGUGACGAGGGCAGCAGGAGGAGGAGGAGGAGUUUCUAAGAAGCGCUACAGUGUGGUGCUGAGGGAGGAGAGGGGGGAGGCAGGCGGAGGGAGCGAGGAGGUGGAAUGGGUGGUGGGGGGGUGGGAAAUAAAAGGAGGAGGAGAAGGAGGAAGAGUUGAAGAGCCAAGGAGCAGCUGGGGGGAGUGGCUGGCACACUACUUACCCAGCAUGCCCUGGGGGGUGACCAUGCCUCCCGACCGGGAGGCGGCUCAGUGACGUCACGCGACAUCUUCCGUCGGCUUACGUUGGUUUAUGAUUAUGAAUGAAGUUUAUCUCUGAUAGAUUGGUGAGUAAAUCGCUGCUAAUGCUAACGUUAGCUCCGUAGUGAUCAAUAAAACAUAUGGCCCCUUUAAACAACAUGUCAAUACAGCGCAACAUCAUCACAACGUUGGCUUUGUGUGUGUGUGUGUGUGUGUGUGUGUGUGUGUGUGUGUGUGUGUGUUAUAUUGUGUAGUUGUUGUUGUUAUUUGUUAAUCUCACAUCUUAGUCUCAAUAGUUGCUCAGUUUGAUUUGCUGUUUUGACUCGAUGGAUAUUUGAGGUAAAUAGUUACAGCACCAGUCUGAAGUUGCAUUUGUGAUGUUUGGGAUCAUUAAUAUUCAUUGUUGAUGAUGUUGUUGUUGUUGUCGCGUGUCAAAUUAUUUAAUGAGCUUGAAGAAAGACGGACACGAGCUUCUCACUGUUCCACAACAUAUGUAUAUAUACAUAUAUAUAUAUAUAUAUAUAUAUA